UAAUAAGCCAAUCGCAAAACACUCCAACACUCUCCCUUUACUCUAAACCGUCGGAUUACUUCUCUCGGUUUUAAUCCAACGGUUGUGAUUCAAUUCGCUAGAGAGAGUUCUCAUCGUCUCUCAACCACCAGAUUCUUCUCUCUCUCGUUCGAAAUCACCGAGAUCGACGACUAGAUCUUCGAUCCCCCGAUUUGUGCCGCCGCUGUUUACCUUUCCCUCGCCGGAAGUGAAAGAGAGAGAGAGAGAGAGAUUGCGAUUUCAAGGAUUUUGUUAGGGCGUUUUUACCUUUUUCCUCGCCGUUGCUCCGCCGACACCGCCAGUGAGGGGAUAACGAGUUUCUGAUUAGAGCUCUGAAGAAAUCAGUUGUGGAAAUUGUUUACUGUUAUAUGGCUUCAGAAGGAAAAAUGUUAUUUGAUCUUAAUGAACUUCCUACAGAAGAUGAUGAUGAUGUUGUUGUUGUGCAACAGAGGGAUAUUCCAUCUGGAGAUUCCAAUAAUUCUGGCUUGCUGCCAACACCCUCCCAUGAUAAAGUAAAUAGAGGAGGAGUGUUCUUGCAUGCGUCAACUGCUUCUGGCUUUCAGCCUUUUGUCCGCCCUGCCACUACUACUACUACUACUACUACUACUACUACUCAGAGUACAGAUGUAGCAGUUGAUCAAAAGAUGGGCGAGGGUUCUGGUAGGGUAUCAUUGUCAUCAUCGAGGUCAGAGGAAGCAAUGGUUACAUCAACAGUUGAUGCUGGAGCAUCUGAGAGAGAAGAAGGGGAGUUGCCAGAGUCGGAGGUUCCUGCCAGUGAGGAUGUACAUAGUAGUUCUGAUUACAAGGGUGUAUUAUCACGAGAAGUGCCGGUGACAGAAACUGGCGUGUCUUUAGAUUAUUCUAAAGUUUCUGAGAAAGAUAGCAGCACAAUAGGAUUAGAUAUUAACUCAAACUCUGGUCUUCACAAGAGGAACGCCAAUCUGCUCUCAGAAGCCAGUGCUAAAGAUAGUGAUGGUACGCAAGAGCAGGGUUUAACAGUGAAGCAGAGAGAAGUUAAAGGCGUUGAAGCAAGUCAUGCAAUCAAGUGCGCAAACACCACUGUGAAAAGAAAGUUCGAUCAACAGAAAGAGACCAUGCUGGGAAAGAAACGCAACAGGCAGACCAUGUUUCUCAACCUGGAAGAUGUCAAGCAAGCUGGUCCUAUUAAGACCACAACGCCUAGAAGACAGAAUUUCCCACAACCUGUUGUCACGCGCACAGUUAGAGAGUCUCGCGCAGGUCGUCCACCUGCUGAGCAAGGAGGCGGGAUUCCAGGGCAAGUUGUGCAUAGGGAUCAGAAGCCAAAUGACAUUCCUAAUGGUGAAUCACAAUCUGGCUUGGUUGGUAAAAAUAGUAGGAUGAACGGAGAUGCGGAACCUUCUUCUGAGGGGACAUCGACAUCUGUGUCAAGGCAAGGGUCAUGGAAGCAACCAGUAAAUUCACGGCAGUCGAAGACUGGUCUUUCGUCAAAUAGACAAGUCUCAUUGUCCAGUCAAAGUUCUGCAGACUCAAAGUUUGGAAGCAAGAAAUUUACGUCGUUCAAGAAGCCAGUGACAAAUAGUACCCAAUACCAAGAUACAUCUGUGGAGCGUCUUAUACGAGAGGUGACCAACGAAAAGUUCUGGCAUCAUCCAGAGGAGACUGAGCUCCAGUGUGUUCCUGAGCGGUUUGAAUCCAUGGAUGAGUAUGUUAGAGUGUUUGAGCCUUUACUUUUUGAGGAGUGCCGGGCACAACUUUACAGUUCGUGGGAAGAAUUGUCCGAGGCAAAUACAUACAUGAAGGUCAGAAUAAAGCUCGUCGAACGAAGAGAGCGAGGUUGGUAUGAUGUGAUACUUAACGCAGUAAAUGAUUGUAAAUGGACUUUCAAGGAGGGUGAUGUUGCAGUUCUGUCAAAUCCUGUGCCUGAAUCAGAAGGAGAGAAUGAGGGUGGUGGACGUGUAGCUGGUACAGUUAGGAGAUAUAUACCGGUUGAUACUCGAGAUCCUCUUGGAGCAAUUCUCCAUUUCUAUGUUGGAGACUCUUAUGACUCCAGCAGCAAAAUUGAUAAUCAUAUUUUACGGAAGCUUAAACCUCAGGAGAUCUGGAAUCUGACAGUGCUUGGUUCGCUUGCAACCACACAGAGGGAAUAUGUUGCUUUGCAUGCGUUUGGUCAGCUUAACCCACAGAUGCAAAAUGCUAUUCUCAAGCCCAGCUCAGAGGAGUUUCCUAAUUACGGGGAGCAAACUCCUACAGUGCCUGAUUGUUUUACUCCCAGCUUCGUUGGCCAUUUGCAUAGAAGUUUUAAUGCUCCACAGUUGGCAGCAAUCCACUGGGCUGCCAUGCACACUGCAGCUGGUACUAGUAGUGGGGCGAAGAGGCAAGAUCCAUGGCCGUUCACUCUUGUCCAGGGCCCUCCGGGAACAGGCAAGACGCACACAGUAUGGGGAAUGUUGAAUGUUAUCCAUUUGGUUCAGUAUCAGCAGUAUUACACUUCAUUGCUGAAGAAAUUAGCUCCUGAAAGCUAUAAACAAGUUAAUGAGAGUAGUUCAGAUUAUGUUGUGUCAGGGUCUAUCGACGAAGUCCUACAAAACAUGGACCAGAAUCUAUUCCGUACUCUGCCAAAGCUAUGUGCUAAACCCAGGAUGCUCGUCUGUGCUCCUUCAAAUGCUGCAACGGAUGAACUUCUCUCACGUGUCCUUGAUCGUGGUUUUAUUGAUGGGGAAAUGAGGGUUUAUCGACCUGAUGUGGCUCGAGUAGGUGUGGAUACUCAAACUAGAGCUGCUCAAGCAGUUUCUGUGGAGCGAAGAAGUGAUCAGCUGUUAGCUAAGUCCCGUGAUGAAAUUCUAGGACACAUGCACAACCUCAGAUUACGAGAAGCUCAGCUCUCCCAAGACAUUGCUGUACUUAAAAGGGAACUUACUGCUGCAGCCUUUGUUAAUCGCUCUCAGGGAUCCGUUGGCGUUGACCCUGAUGUUCUUAUGGUUAGAGACCAGACCAGAGAUGCAUUAUUGCAGCGCCUUUCUGCUGUGGUUGAAGCCAGAGAUAAGGAUCUUGUUGAAAUGUCUCGCCUUCUAAUUGUUGAGGGAAAGUUUCGCGCAGGUAAUAGUUUUAACCUUGAAGAAGCUCGCGCAAGUCUUGAGGCAAGUUUCGCGAACGAGGCUGAAAUUGUGUUUACAACAGUAUCUAGCAGUGGUCGUAAACUGUUUUCUCGUCUUACACAUGGCUUCGACAUGGUGGUCAUCGACGAGGCUGCUCAAGCUAGUGAGGUUGGAGUUCUUCCUCCUCUUGCUCUUGGUGCUGCACGGUGUGUACUUGUGGGUGAUCCUCAGCAGCUUCCUGCAACCGUAAUUAGCAAAGCUGCUGGAACCCUUUUAUACAGCAGAAGUCUGUUUGAAAGGUUUCAGUUAGCAGGUUGUCCAACUUUGAUGUUAACUGUUCAAUACAGGAUGCAUCCUCAGAUACGCGAUUUCCCUUCAAGAUAUUUCUACCAAGGACGCCUGACGGACAGUGAAAGUGUAGCCACUGCGCCUGAUGAGAUUUACUACAAAGAUUCUGUUCUGAAGCCUUACCUUUUCUUUGAUAUCAGCCAUGGAAGGGAAUCCCAUAGAGGUGGAUCAGUGUCGUAUGAGAACAUUGAUGAAGCUCGCUUCUGUGUUGGGCUGUAUAUGCAUCUUCAGAAAACUCUGAAGUCACUUGGUGGGGGUAAAGUGUCUGUUGGGGUAAUAACCCCAUAUAAACUGCAGCUGAAAUGCCUGAAAAUAGAGUUUGGAAAUGCUUUGGGACAAGACGAAGUGAAAGAGAUUUAUAUCAAUACGGUAGAUGCGUUUCAGGGUCAAGAACGUGAUGUCAUAAUCAUGUCUUGUGUACGUGCUUCAAACCACGGGGUUGGCUUUGUUGCUGAUAUUAGGCGGAUGAAUGUUGCUCUCACCCGUGCCAAAAGGGCUCUAUGGGUGAUGGGAAAUGCAUCGGCUCUGAUGAAGUGUGAGGACUGGGCAGCACUGAUCACAGACGCUCGAGCAAGGAACUGUUUUAUGGAGAUGGAGUCACUUCCCAAGGAUUUUCCGGUUCCAAAGGUACCUAGCUUUAUACCCAAAGCGCCUAGUGCUAGAGGUUUCAGAUCAGGUGGGCCAAGAACCAGAUCCAUCGAUAUGCACAAUGAACCCAGGCCAGGGACACCAUCAGAAGACGACGAGAAGCUGAACACGACGAUGACAACAUAUCCAAGGAAUGGGAAUUUUCGAAGGGAGAAUUCAGUUGAUGGUUUUGAUCAGUCUGGAGAUAGACAUAGAGGAGAUGCUUGGCAACAUGGGAAGCAGAGGAGGCAAAAUUUUGGACGGCCUUUAGGGAGAAGAGACUAAUUUGGAGACGCAGCUGCUCUGAACUUGAAUCUCACUGGAGAAGCGAAUGUGUUAAUCCUUGAGAUUUCAGAGCACUUGACCACCCUCCCCUAGAGGGUGACUCGACAAGAAGGAAUAUUAAUGCUUUCUACGCCAGGUCAACGUGAUGUGUUGGCGAAGGCAGACAUGUCCAGAUUCAGAAUGUGGAAAACUACACUGCAUGAUCCAACACCAGUCUCUUCGGGAGGGUGAAUCCAUUUGAAUGAAGUCGGAAGCUGUUGAUAAACCUAAGAGAUUCGCUGAAGCAAAUCCUGCAUUGUCAUGAUGAUCUGGUGGACAGGUUCGUAGACCUCAUAGGAAAUAGCAUUCGGAGGUGAUAGAAGACACUUCGAGAUGAUUUGUUUUAUAGACUGCAAUAGUUCUUAGGAGUAUCUGUGUACCCACACUGGCCAGUCCACUGUGUUUUAGCGUUUUUGUACAUAAUUUAUGCUGAUUUAUGAAUCUUUUUUUUCUUCUCUUCAUUCAAUUUGUUUGUUCGUAAACUUUCCUUUUCUUUAUCAUGUCUGAUAAAUGUAGAAUUACGUAUUCUUUAAAUUGUCAAUUAUGACUAUGAACUACAUGAUGUCUCUAUCAAUAAUACAUCAUUC